GGUUAACUGGGAGUACUGAGAAAUACCAGUGUCUAGGUGGGAAAGCUCUGUGAUAACUUGUUCCCUCUGCAUCCUAACCUCUUCCCUCUCCCUCCCAAUCCAGUUUUGGGUUUUUUGUCUUUUUUUUUUUUUCUUCUGGUCUGCUCUCCCUUGAAGUCUUUCGUUUCCUAGGAAUGAGCAAUUAAGAAGAUGAGGAUUAUAUUUUUUUUUCUCUUAACAAAGCUUUGUCACGUGCCCAAUCCAACUUGCAGCAAGUUGCAAAGAAAAAUAUCGCCAGGAGGGUUUAGCUGCUCUUCAGUGUUUCAAAGUUCGGCACUCGGCGUCUUUGCUUUGCCCGUGUGCCCGGUGUUCCACAGUCUAUAGGAGGGGAGAAAGGAAGGGAAAAAGUGACGAGGUGGGGGAGGAGGAUGGGGGGGAUAAGCACAGAGCGGUGAGGCGAAACAAGAGACAGCGGUUCCCCCACCCCUGUGUUUCUUUCUUUCUCUACCUCCAGUAUAAGAGGUGCCUUCCCUAGAUUGGGUAAUUUCGAAGAGGUGGGUUUUUUCCCCCCUCAAACUUUUCCCAGUUCUAAGUUGGGACCAGGGUGCGUGCAUGCAUGUAUGGGUAUAAGCGGUAGAGGGAGCUUACCCACGCAAACUGGUAGGCACCAUCCCUGGGGAUUGCUGCUGCCAGAGGCAGGGGAUAUCAUCAUGGAGAUUUCGUCAAAAGAAAAUACACAGUUUUUCUCAAACAACGUAAUCCUGCCAGCUGACCGAUCUUCAUUCAAAUCUGAAUCUUCUGCUUCUAAGGAAAAACAAUCAUGUUGUGGAGGCAUAAAGAUAUUUAUUGGUGCAUUAUCUUUUGUUUAUUUUGCAAAAGCACUGUCAGGAAGUUAUCUAAAAAGUACUAUCACACAAAUAGAAAGAAGAUUUGAUAUCCCUUCCUCUUUGGUUGGCGUUAUUGAUGGCAGUUUUGAAAUUGGGAACCUCCUAAUCAUAAUUCUUGUAAGCUACUUCGGAGCGAAGCUUCACAGGCCAAGGAUAAUUGGUGCAGGCUGCUUAAUUAUGUCAGCUGGAACAUUCCUAAUUGCGAUGCCCCAGUUCUUCAUGGGACGAUAUAGGUAUGAAAGAUUUCCUUCCAUCAUCAAUUCAACGGGUAGCCUCUCCCCAUGUCUACAGGAAAAAAGCCAGAUUCCACUCUCAGCCUGGGAAAAAUCUCAAGCUAAAAUAAAUGGAGGAUGUGAAAAAGAAGUUGGCUCAUCCAUGUGGAUCUAUGUUUUACUGGGAAAUCUCUUGCGUGGAAUAGGCGAAACGCCUAUCCAGCCUUUAGGAAUUGCAUACAUUGAUGAUUAUGCCAUUGAAGAGAAUGCUGCCUUAUAUAUUGGCUGUGUACAGACAGUUGCAAUCAUAGGCCCAAUAUUUGGCUUUCUUCUAGGAUCCCUGUGUGCCAAACUUUAUGUUGACAUUGGCUUUGUAGAUCUGGACAGCAUAACAAUAACUCACAACGAUGUGCAGUGGGUGGGAGCUUGGUGGCUGGGUUACUUAAUAGCAGGUGUGAUUAGUGUUCUGGCUGGCAUCCCAUUUUGGUUCCUGCCCAAGCACCUACCAAAACCCGAAAGCAGAAAGGACUCCAGUACCUCUUCUGAGCAGUCAAAGUUCAUCACUGAGGAUAACAUGGAGCGACAGAAAUCUUAUCAGCAGCAUGUGAAGUUUGCUGAGAUGGCAAAAGAUUUCUUGCCAUCACUGAAGAACCUUUUUGGAAAUCCAGUUUAUGUUCUGUAUUUGUGUGCAAGUAUCAUUCAGUUCAAUUCUUUAAUUGGCAUGGUGACAUAUAAGCCAAAAUAUAUUGAACAGCAGUAUGGGCAAACGUCUUCAAAAACGAAUUUUGUUAUAGGUAUGCUAUAUCUGCUUCUUGAUAACUUAAAAACUGACAUUUUAGGAUUGCGCAGCAACGGAGGUGUAAUGAAAAAAUUCAGAAUCAAUGUUCUAGGGGCUGCAAAACUUUCCCUGGGAUCAUCUUUCUUUGGUUACCUUUUACUUCUUUCAUUGUUUGCGAUGGGCUGUGAGAACUCGGAAGUGGCUGGGCUGACCAUGUCGUAUCACGGAACCAAACAGAUAACUCAUUAUGAGCAAGCUCUGUUUUCAGAGUGUAACUCAGGCUGCAUAUGUUCCAAAAAUGACUGGGAUCCUAUAUGUGGGGAUAAUGGAAUUACCUACAUUUCUGCUUGUCUUGCUGGCUGUCAGGCAUCCAAUGGAAGUGGAAAAAAUACUGUAUUUUAUAACUGCAGCUGCGUGGGAAUUUUAGAAUCUCCUUCAAGAAGCUUCUCAGCUGUGGUGGGACCAUGCCAAAAAGGAAAUGAAUGUCCAAAAAUGUUUCUAUAUUUUCUGGUAGUAUCGGUUAUCACUUCAUAUACUUUGUCAAUAGGUGGCACACCUGGAUACAUACUACUUCUAAGGUGCAUUAAACCGCACUUGAAAUCAUUUGCGCUUGGGAUCUAUACUCUGGCAGUAAGAGUGCUUGCCGGAAUUCCAGCCCCAGUGUAUUUUGGAGUGGCAAUAGAUACCACUUGUCUGAAAUGGGGAAGCAAAAGAUGUGGGGGAAGAGGAGCAUGUAGACUCUAUGAUUCCAGUGCACUCAGAUACGUAUAUCUGGGACUGACUUUGGUGUUGGGCACCAUGUCCAUUUUCUUCAGCAUCACAGUCCUUUGGGUCCUAAGGAAAAGGUCUGCUCCACAAGACGAGACCAUCUCAGCCAACGGAAGAGGCGCUGGUUUGACAAAGAAGAAGAGAGACAAUUUUGUCAAUAGUGACCAUUUGCUUCAGACAACUUACUGGCCAGAAAAGGAAACUAGACUUUAAGAAGAUCGAGAUUUUGACAGUGACUUUAUAGAGUGAGAGGUGUUCCAAGCAAAAAUUCAUCAUCAUUAAAGCUCUUUAAGUGAGGUAUCCUCUUAGUAUACACCCCAGAAAUGUUCAUCUUUCUGUAAUUUUCAUUGUAAAUAUGAAAAACAAAAGACAAACAUUUUAGAAUGGGUAUAGCUCUGAAAACACUACUCAACAUUUGUCCUGCCAAGUCAGUGCAACUCAAAGGAGAGAAUUUGCCAGGACUAAGGGGGUGCAGCUUGCUCCCUCUCUGAAAAGUAGGUUUUAUGGCUGCUCCUCAGCUCUGUUUCUCCAGGUCUAGCCACAACCGUCGCUGCUGCCCUUGCUUACAUCUGCACGUGAGAGGUGCUGCAUGGGCUAGCUACGGUGCUCUUAGCCUUAUUAUCGACCCUGCAGAGAGCUGGUACACAAAAACUAUUUUGUAAAUGGAAGGUGCAGAGAAUAUCCUGCACUGAUUCUCACACAAAACUCCCUCUUGCAAACAGCCCAGCACAGGGUAGGAGGAAGGUGGUUUACUGGAAUGACAAACCAGCUGCAGGCUUUGAGCAUCCCGUCAAUUCUACCCAUAACACUUGGGCCAUCAAAUGUUGUGGGUAGGGUUUUCUUUUCAAGUACACUCCAGCUCCAUUAUAGCACAACAUUAACAGUAACGAAAAUUGUUAUUACAACAGUCAAAGAUUCCGUGAGAAUAUCUUCCAAAGGAAACUGAAAUGAAAAAUAGAGCUUUUUUAGGUUUCCAGCAGUUUCUUCCUACUUGCUAAUACUCAAUGUACUGAAUAAUUCCAUGCAAUUUGUGCAGUGUAAUAACACCAUGAUACAACAUACACAUGAUUUAUUUUUUAAAAAGCUAUGACAAGAUUUCUUGGGAAUAAUAAAAUAAAUUCAAAGACUGA